UUUUAUUUAGUCUUAAAGUAUAACUCGGCGCGUGAGUAUCGCGAAAAAGCUCAAGGCUAGACUAACGGCUGGAGUUUAUCACAAAAAACAUCAAAAUAUAAACAAACAUGAAGAUCUAUUAUAACUAUCAAUGCUGAAAUACUGACUUGCAAUGAAUUGGAAUCGAAGAAAUACCAGUGAAAUAUCAAUACACAACUAUCCCGAACACUUGAAUCCGUUUUACGAAAAUGAUAAUCAUAGGCGUCUCCGAUUUUGGAAUUUUAGCAAAGAGGGGAACAAUAAAAGAAGGAGCUUUUCAAUUGGAAAUUUGAAAAAUAUAUGGUCUUCCUAUUCGCUUUCCCCCAAAAAAUCCUCGACAUUGGGCAUAAAUAAAACAUCCGAAAGCCCACCGAUAUUACGGAAAAAUGUAAACAAUAAUGCUUGGAAAAUGCGUGAAAAUGAUUUGGAUAGUAGUACUCCAAAUCUAAAGGGCUUCGGCGAAGAAUUUCAUAGAAGGUCUUUGCAGCAUAUCGAUACAACAAGAAAUUCUGAUUUAAAUGUGUUUUUUAAUCGAAAUGAUGAUUAUCGAAGAACUACUCAGUUUUCUGGACACUCAUCUCCGAAGCAGCUUACAAGAUCAUCGCAGUCUAGUUUGUCAAGUAAUAAUCCGUUUGAAUGCGAAGUCAAUACAGAUUUCAACAUUCCAAUAAGUAAUACAAAAUAUCGGAAAAAGAGGCGAGCUCCACAGCCACCUUCCCCAUUGCAAAGUGAUAUUGAAAAAGAAAUUAACGUUUCAAUUAAUGAUAACGGAGGACUUGACAUUAAAUCACUUGCGAAUGAAAUAGAACUGUUUGUUAAUGAGAGAUACGAAUCUCCGAUAAAUUCUGAUGCAAAGAGGGAAAAACAACAUCUGAUUGACCAAAAUAUAGAAAAACCAUCAUUGGCUCCUAUAGCAUCGGAUAUCGACGUUAAAUUGAGUGCGACUAAAAACCCCGUCAAAGAUACCACAACUAAUAGCCAAAAUAGCAUAGAAAAUGUUAUAUGUGGAAAAAGGGAAUUGUCAAAUAACAAAGUAAUAGUACCUGGGUUUGUUGGCAACACAUUAACAAAUUGCAAUAAAAACCAGCCAAAUGUAACACAUCCACAUGGAACAUUGGAGUGUACUGAAGAUAUUGUAGCAAAUGCUUUAACUACAAAAGAUUUGGAUCUUCCAAUCACCAAACACUUAAAUAAAACUAUAAACAAUGAGAACAAUUUUGAAGAAAAUCGUAUUUCAAAUACUAAUACAAAAUUACAGAUAGAGAGAUACGAAUCUCUGAUAAAUUCUGAGGCAAAGAGAGAAAAACAAAAUAUAGAAAAACGAUCAUUGGCUCCUAUAGAAUCUGAUAUCGAGGUUAAAUUGGGCUCGACUAAAAAUCCCGUCAAAGAAACCACAACAAAAAGUCGAAAUGGCAUAGAAAAUGUUAUAUCUGAAAAAAGGGAUUUGUCAAAUAACAAAGAUAUAGUGGCUGGUUUUGUUGGUAACACAUUAAUAACUUACAAUAAAAACCAGCCAAAGGUAAUACAUCCACAUGGAACAUUGCAAAGUACUGAAGAUAUUGAAGCAAAUGCUUUAACUAUAAAAGAUUUGGAUCUUUCAACCACCAAACACGUAAAUAAAACUUAUAACAAUGAAAACAAUUUUGAAGAAAAUCCUAUUUCAAAUACUAACACCAAAUUACAGAUAGAGAUAUACGAAUCUCCGAUAAAUUCUGAUGCAAAGAGGGAAAAACAAAAUCUAAUUAACCAAAAUAUAGAAAAACGAUCACUGGAGUGUACUGAAGAUAUUGUAGCAAAUGCUUUAACUACAAAAGAUUUGGAUCUUCCAAUCACCAAACACUUAAAUAAAACUAUAAACAAUGAGAACAAUUUUGAAGAAAAUCGUAUUUCAAAUACUAAUACAAAGUUACAGAUAGAGAGAUACGGAUCUCUGAUAAAUUCUGAGGCAAAGAGAGAAAAACAAAAUAUAGAAAAACGAUCAUUGGCUCCUAUAGAAUCUGAUAUCGAUGUUAAAUUGAGCGCGACUAAAAACCCCGUCAAAGAUACCACAACGAAAAGCCGAAAUGGCAUAGAAAAUGUUAUAUAUGAAAAAAGAGAUUUGUCAAAUAACAAAGAUAUAGUGGCUGGGUUUGUUGGUAACACAUUAACAACUUACAAUAAAAACCAGCCAAAGGUAAUACAUCCACAUGGAACAUGGCAGUAUACUGAAGAUAUUGAAGCAAAUGCUUUAACUGUAAAAGAUUUGGAUCUUACUACUACAAAACACGUAAAUAAAACUUAUAACAAUGAAACCAAUUUUGAAGAAAAUCCUAUUUCAAAUACUAAUACCAAAUUACACAAGCAUGACCAAGACCACCCUAUUUCAAGAGGUAAUAUUAGAAAAGAUCAAUAUGACAAACCCUACACAUGCAAAGAAAAUCAAAAUUUUACUGUUUCAGAGGAAACCAGCAACCUUCCAAAUUUAAUGAAAAAGUUUGCGUUGAACGAAUCUGUAUCAUAUUCUAAAAACAAUGUUUAUGAUAUUACUCCUCAAACUUCAACAUCAACAGAUCACAAUUCAAACCAAUUGAGCCUACAAAAAUCAUUAAAUAAAGCUAUUGAAUCUAUAAAUCGUAAUCAACAGCUUUUAAAUGAAAGUGCAGCCAAAGGAACAAAAUUAAACCUUACAUAUUUGAGUCAGUGUGAUGAAAAAAAAUUUGUCUACGCAAAUGAAUUAAAUAGCCCAAACGUUAGAUGUUCGGAGCCGGAAUCAAAAAAUAUUUCAAACUUUACUUCUAAUACCGACGAAAUUUUAUCAAAAAAUGAAAAUAAUAUCUUUUAUAAAACAAAAAUAUUGAAAACAACGGGUCAGUACAGAGAGUCAUCGCCAACGUCAUCAAACUUAGAUUGGAACCCUUUACCAAAGCCAAAGCGAACUAGUCAUUAAGAAGCUUUAAUUGUACAGAGUCUUUUCCAAUAAAUAAAUUAAUCUACAUAUA